AUGUCGAUAAUAUUAAAAGACGACGGUGAACUUAGUGGCUACCAAGUAGUUGGUAUGCCCAAAGAAGGGUCUUGUCUCUUCCAUUCAAUAUCUUUCUUGGUGUAUGGUAGAACUGACUCAACUUGCAGUAUCAGAUCUGCUAUAGUUGCAUACGUUGCUGACCAUUGGGACGAAAUGCAAGUGUACACGUGUGAUGCUGAUGGUGACGUAUACACUAGCGCGCAAUCCUACAUGAGCGAUAUGAUGAAACCCACUACUUACGGCUCAGCUUCUGAGCUUAUGGCUGCUGGAAAAAUCUAUCCUUUCACUUUUGAAGUGUAUGAGAACGGUAUACUAAGAGGUUCUGUUCCUUUGGCGAUGCUGGCCAAAAAAAGUGUUUAA